AUACAUUUGUUGAUAAUAAACACUGAAGGUUUCACCAGGAAGUACUUUUUAAUGAGUGACAAUGCUGUGCACAAAUUAGUUUUAUUAUACAUGAAUUGCUGUGCAUCAGUUUACAUAAACACUCAUUUAACACAUAUUGUGUUUAUUAUUUAUCUUCUCACUCUUGAUUACUAAAUACAUUUUAGAACUAAACUGUUUCUACUAUCAGUCAGCUGUAUAAGGUUGUUUACUGUGGUAGUUUUAUACCUAUGUCCAUAUUAUAUUUGUAUACUCACUGAUAUUUGUAUGUUUCCUGUGCUGCACUGGUCAGAUACUGAUCCUGGUACUGUUGUUUUAUUCUGUUCGAUGGUAAUAAAGACUUUCUAUUCUAUCCUGCAGCUCUGCUCCUCCACAAGUCAAAUUUUAUUAGUUAUAAAUUAGUUUUAGAUCAUUUUAAACUGUUGUAAAAGGUCUCUGUUGAUGCUCUGGCUCUCUCUGUCCACCUGUGUUGAAAGUGAAACCACUUUUGUUGAGUUGGUUCAGCCCGGAUUCUGGGCGGGAAGGAGCGGGCUGAACCAUUGUUCACUGGAGGGGUGACAUGUGAGCCGUGAAACUGGAUGUAAUGACAAUCAAAGUUGAAAAAACUAUGAAACUAUGGUGAUUAGAAAACUGUCAUCUUAUGUAUUUUUAAAUGUCCUGUCAAUAACCAGGGCGCAGGAGGGUCAUGACACAUGAUUUACUUGGUAUGUGCCGUGUUUCCUGUUCCCGCCACUGAAAGACCGACAGGCAGCCGUCAGGUCUGGGAUGUAAACAAGCUGUUGAGGAAAGAUGUCGGAUACUGCAGAGAAGGAGUGGAAACCAACUCUGACUGAAGUCCUGGAGGAUCUGGACAACAUACAGUACAGAAAGACGAUGGAAUAUUUGGACAAAAUCCCUAGAAGUCAGAAGAAAGGGAGAUCUGAAGCAAUGAUGGCCCAAAAAAUAAUUGAGUACUACGGACAUGAUGAAUCAAUUUUAAAAAUACGUGAUAUCAUGAAAGAGAUACCGAGGAAUGAUCCAAAGAUUCAGGGACUGUUGGGCCCCUUUGUCAAAAAACUGAGGAACAAAACUGGAAAAGGAAAGAAGAGAAAAUGUGACCCAGUGAAGAAGGAAGACAAUCGUCCAGCAGUUUAUGUUUUGUGUUCAGGGAAGAAGAGGAAAUGUGAUCCAGUGAAGGAGGAAACAAAGCCAGCAGAAGAUCAAAAGAGCAGCCAACCUGUCAAGGAGACGAACACUGAUCGUUGGAAGAAAUCCAUCCGUGAGCUGAAGUCCAGCAGUGCACUUCUCGACACUGACAUCAUUGUUGGGAAAGUUGUUGAGAAAUCCGGUGUGCGCACUUAUAAAACCAAAGAAAAUGUAAAAAAGUAUUUUUUUUACCUGGCAGUCGCCGAUGAGACGGCCAGCAUUAAAUUGAUGGUGUAUGGAAAACCGUUAUAUAAAGAAUUCAUGGAAGAGAAGACCUACAUGUUCAGACGGCUGAUGAAAGACGAGAAUGGUUUUGUUAAGUUUUCGUCACAGAGUAAAUCCUCACAGACGAAACCUGUUCAAGUUCCAGACAAGCUUCAGGCUGAAGCUCGGGAGCUGAUUUAUCCCAACAGUCCAGAUUACUCCAUUGCUGAUGCCAAACUAUCUGCUGUCAGCCGUGUGACUGUUAAAGGAACCAUUACACAGAUUGAUCCUAUCGAACCAGCCGCAGGGAAGAAGAAACAGAAGACGCAGCGUUUCAAGAUAAGAGACGACUCCGAUUCCAUCAACAUCUGCAUGUGGGGUGAAGACACCAAGCAGUGCACAGGAUUAUCAGUUGGUGAUGUCGUCCAGGCUGCAAACAUGAAGACCAACUGGUACCGUGACAUAAUCUCACUGAACUCAACUGGAUUCACUAAAAUUCAGAAGGUUCAAAGUGCUGGCAGCCAGAGUGAGAGAAUUAAAAUUGCAGGAAUCGCAAAAGCCACAAAGACGGAAACUCACCUGGACGCAGUCUUCAGAGACGAGAUGCAGAGGUGUGUUGUGGCUUCUCGACUUCUGGCAAAGGCUUUUGGCUUCGACCUGGAUGGUGAUAUAGAAAAAAAGCUCCUUGACAUCAUUCCAGUGUCAGCAGACGCAGUAAUACAAGGAGGGAAAAUUAAAAAACUCACAGCCGCUCCAGUCAAAUAAUUAAUGAUGCUAAUAAUGUAACUGUUUGUUUCAGUUCAAAGCUUUGUGACAUAUUUUCUCUUCUUGCUUUUACUUUUUUGAAAAUGCGUCAAUGUUUUUUGUGUUGUUGUGUCAAACAUACAGGUGCAACAUUCAUAUUCAUGUUAAUGAAAAUGUCAGUGCAGAUUUAUUUUGAGUACUUUUACAUGUAAACAUGUUGAAAUCAACAUACUUUAUACUUUUUAAUAUGUUCACUUUUUAAAGCAUUGAUCCGUCAUCAUGAAAAAUGUCGGACUUGAUUGUUCUGUUUGUCUUUGUGCUGUUUUAUCGAGCUUGUCAUGUGACUGAAAACAGUUUUUAAUUAAAGUGAAGCAGAAGCUCCAUAAAGUUGAGCUGCAAGUGAAGGUUGUUAAAUCUGCAGAAACACUGGUUAUAACAACCAGUUCAAACAUCUCCUCCUGUGAUAAGAACUUUAGUACGGAUCUUUGUCGCCCCCUAGUGUUUUUUUAAUAUAUAAAUAAUGUUCUUCUUUGUUUUUUUGUUUUUUUUGUAAAUGUCUCCUGCAGUUCAGAACCUCAUUUCUAGCUGUUUGGGAACUUUUCUCAAUGAUCCAUCUUGAGGCGCUGAAACAACACAAACGGGUUUUGUUUUUUUCUUGUUUUUUUGUGCUCUCUGUAGUUUUGUUGAAGUGAUUUUAAUGAGAAAAUUCUUCAUGGACCAAAUUUGUUCUUCUUAAACACAGUGCACACUGAAGUGACACUCUUAUCUCUGCAUGGUGAAUAUUAAAUAUAAUUCUGUUAAAAUGACAUUCUCUUUUGUCCAUCUGUCAUCAUCAGAAAGCAAGUUGUUCUCUUCAAUAAUGUAAAUAAAAUAUAUAAAGAGA